AGGAUAACCCCUUUUUAACUGUAUCUCGCGAAACGACGGGGUGUUGUACUUGUUUGAGUCUUCAGAGGACCUAAAAGCAAGGACCAGUAAAUAAUACUCAGUGGUACGAAUGGAUAGAGAUAUAAGACCAGUGGAAAAUGUUCACUCAAGAGCUUGACCAUCAUGACACGGUUUGUUACAAAUGGAGUACUUCUCGCCCGAGCUCAGCGCAAGAGUUUGAGGUUCAACACUUGACAUUAUAGAUACUCAAGAUGUCCAAAGAAAAGGGGCCCUUGGUCAACAAUCAACGAAUCGCCUAGGCAGCAAAUCAGAUCCCAAGGUAUCAGGUUCGUCUGAGGCCGCGACCUUGCCGCUGGGCGCUAGGCACUCCUCACAUCUACAACUCGCACCCGUACUAUUAUAUGUACGACACAGGGCGCUUGUAUUAAUUCAGGGUACGUAGCACUGAGAUGAGACGAUCAGCUGUGGAUUCUGAAAAUGGAAAAACACAAGGCAGUUGCCCGCAGUUGUUCGAAGUUCCAGAACUACUGGUCAAGGAGAGAGGCCAGAGAGAUGGCCUCAAACCUCGAACAGAGUCAGAAAGCCAACUCCGAGGUUGAAGAGUGGCGAUCCUUCGGGAGCGGAGAGAGCUGUGCCUCCCCCUCAGUGAAGGUUGUCCCCGCAACCCCGUCAGCUUGUACUGUGUAUGUAUUUCCAGUGGUUGGUACCAAGGCGAUGUUGCUGACAACGUAAGUUCGCGAGUGAAAGUGAGGAUAGCAACUCGGACGAGUGUACUGCGGUUGCGAGCCAAAGU